AUGGCGUGGAACACCUUGUAUUUCGAGCUGCCGAUCUUCCAGACGCAUUUCGGCAGCAACGUCACCUGCCCCUUCAAGAAGCUCUUCGUCUCAAUGACGCUAUACGGGGAGGUCUCAAAUCGCAACGACGUGGUGCGCCACGCCAUGGAAGUAAGCGAGGUUGCAGCUCCCGCAGUUCCAGACAAGCGCAUGGCGACAGUGGGCCAAGAUGGGCUCCCGGCGUCGUCAGAGCCGGACUGCCGGGGCAUGUUGGAUUUCGAGCUCAUCCACCUCAUCCUGCAUCCGGAUAUGGUAAGAGGGUCGAUUAAACGUGCCAUGUGUUCGCAGGUGGUGUCGGUUGAGCACGUUUCCUACGCAAUCAGCCGCGCCGUCACCAAUGUGCUCAACCGGAAGGUGCACAGCGCCCACUUCACGACGGAGGUGGUGUACAUGAUGGGAGGCUCCUCGAGCGUGACCAAGUGCAUGGACGAAAUGUGCAUACAAACCAGCAUAACGGACAACACGUGCAAGGCCAUGCUGGCGGUGUCCAUCUCCAAGACGAAAGUGAGUCCCACUGCAGCCGCCAAUUACAUGAACGUGCAGAUAUUCGGCGAGCUAGAGUCGCUCGUCAGGGGCGUGCAGAUGCCCAUCGAGGAGCUGAAACAGAUGAGGAACAGCGAGAAAAUCGCCAAGGCGUUCAAGUGUUCCAAGGAGGAGAUCAUGUUGCCCGGAGGGCUCGAAGCCUGCAUAUUGGGCCGCAUAGGCACCAAGCGGAUCUGA